CAUUCCUGCCACAAUAUCUUUGACUUUGUGGUACUUUAAUUUCUUUGUUGUAGUUAAUCUCCCACGUGCGUAAACAAACAAACAAAAUGGAAAAUUUACGACCUGGAGGUCCUAACAUAUUAAUUACUGGCACACCAGGGACUGGGAAAUCUACUUUGGGAGCUGAACUUGCACAGAGGACAGGGUUACAGUAUGUUAACGUGGGAGAACUUGCAAAACAAGAACAUUUUUACGAGGGUUAUGAUGAUGUCUAUCAAUGUCCGAUAUUAAACGAAGACCAGGUGAUAGAUGAGUUAGAAGAUCAGAUGAGAGGGGGAGGCAACAUCAUAGAUUACCAUGGUUGUGAGUUCUUCCCAGAGAGGUGGUUUGAUAUUGUGUUUGUUCUCCGCACAGAUAACACGGUGUUGUACAACAGGCUAGAACAAAGGGGAUAUGCAGGGAAGAAGUUGGACGACAACAUACAAUGUGAAAUAUUCCAGACAAUAUUAGAUGAAGCUAGAAAUUCCUACAAGGCUGAAAUUGUUCAUGAGUUACCCAGCAAUACACCAGAUGAACUGGAAGAUAAUUUGGACAAAAUCGCUGCCUGGUUACAGGAAUGGAAGGUUUCUCACUAGCACAGGCUGACUUUUAGUAGUUUGGUAGUUUAUUGGUUAAUUUACCAUAAUAUUGUGUAAUUUAUGCCAUAUUAUCCCUGGAGAGAGAAAAAUGAAAAGGAAGUCCACGGUUUUUGGGGAAGUUUCUUCGACAAGUGGAUAGCAAAGUUUGCUGAAGCAAUGUGAAUUUUACCAAGGAAUGGUAGAAAAUGAUGUUAAUGCUUUUAUAACUGAAUUAAGCGGGUGCUUUGAUCACUUUUAAAUUAAUCAUACCAGUGAAAAUCAGAUUGCAGAUUUGGUUUUUGCUAAGUCUGAUGUCUGUCUCUGAUGAUAUCACUAACCAAAGACUGAUAGUUAACAAGAUGUUAACUGUCUGGGGAAAAUAGAUUACAAGAUGUUAACUGUGUAGGGAAAAUAGAUUACAAGAUGUUAACUGUCCCUGGGAAAAUAGAUUACAAGAUGUUAACUGUCCCUGGGAAAAUAUAUUUCAAGAUGUUAUCUGCCUAAGAUAGUUUACAAGAAGUUAACUGCAUAGGAAAAUAGUUUACAAGAUGGUAACUGCCGAGAAAAUAGUUUACAAGACGUUAACUGCAUAGAAAAAUAGUUAACAAGAUGGUAACUGCCGAGAAAAUAGUUUACAAGAUGUUAACUGCCAAGAAAAAUAGUUAACAAGAUGUUAACUGCUGAGAAAAAUAGUUUACAAGAUGGUAACUGCCUAGCAAGAUUGAAAUUUGCUAGAUUUAGAAAUAGAUAAAAAAAGCAGAAACAAUGCAUUCAGUAUUAAACAAAUCACUAGAAAUUCCAUCAUUUUUAGCUUGACUAUUCAAAGAAUAGCCUAGCUAUUCUACUCACCCUGGCGUCGGCGUCACACCUUGGUUAAAAGUUUUGCAUGCAAGUACAUAUGGCUAUCAUUUAAAGGCAUAUAGCUUUGAAACUUAUGUUUUCUUUUUGAAGCUUUUCUAGGUCAAUUACCAACCUCACUGGGUCAUGUCCCAUAACUCUGACAUGUAUUUUGGCCAAAUUAUGCCCCAUUUUGGACUUGAAAAUACUGGUUAAAGUUUUACAUGCAAGUUACUAUCUCCAAAACUAAUGCAGAUAUUGAAUUGAAACCUCACAUGUGUCUUCAGGGUCAUAAAACUAGGUGAUAGCAUCAAGAGCCAUAACUCUGACAUGCAUUUUGUCCAAAUUAUGCCCCCUUUUGGACUUAGAAAAUCCUGGUUAAAGUUUUGCAUGCAAGCUUUGAAACUUCUUUUUUCUUUUUUUUUAGGUUAAUUACCAACCUCACUGGAUCAAGUCUCAUAACUCUGACAUGUAUUUUGGCCAAAUUAUGCCCCCUUUUGGACUUAAUAGAAAACCCAGGUUAAAGUUUUACAUGCAAGGUACUAUCUCCAAAACUAAUGCAGAUAUUGAAUUGCAACUUCACAUGUGUCUUCGGGGUCAUAAACUAGGUGAUAGCAUCAAGAGCCAUAACUCUGACAUGCAUUUUGGCCAAAUUAUGCCCCCUUUUGGACUUAGAAAAUCCUGGUUAAAGUUUUGCAUGCAAGUACAUAUCGCUAUUACUUAAAGGCAUGUAGCUCUUUAACUUUUGUUUUCUUUUCUAGAUCAAUUACCAACCUCAGCGGGUCAAGUCCCAUAACUCUGACACGUAUUUUGAGCAAAUUAUGCCUCCUUUAGGACUUAGAAAAUCCUGGUUAAAGUUUUGGAUGCAAGUUACUAUCUCCAAAUCUAUUGCAGAUAUUGAAUUGAAACUUUACAUGUGUCUUCAGGGUUAUAAAACUAGGUUAUAGCAUCAAGUCCCAUAACUCUGACAUGCAUUUUGGCCAAAUUAUGUCCCAUGUGAACUUAAAACUCCUGGUUAAAGUUUUGCAUGCAAAUUACUAUCUCUAAAACUAAUGCAGAUACUGGAUUGAAACUCUAUAGAUAUUCUAACAUUUAGGGUAAUAUUCCUGCUUCUGGGACAACAAUUCAAAUAGUCAAGCAUUUGCUGUCUUACGGGCUCUUGUUAUUAGGGUAAUUAUAGAUACUGGGGAUUGAAAGCAAGCAAGUAACUUUUAUAGAGUUAAUUGGUUCAUGCAGUAAAAGUUGUUUUUUUUUCAUAGCUCUAAGCAGUUGUGUUGAGUGUUGAACAUAUAAAUGUAAGAAACCACUUCUAACUAUUGUAUUUUAUCACAGUUUAGAUACAAAGAUUAUCAUAACAGUGUACAAUGAUGUUGUAUGUUAUAAGUUGUGAUAUUUAUUGAUAUUUAAUUAUUCAUCAUCUUGACAUACUCAGAACUCUUUCAUAAUUCAAGGUGUUAAAUGUGGAUGUCAUUUUUAAAAUUUUUUAUUCAUUGGCCAGUUAAUUUAUGUGGGGUAAAACUUUGGCAACAAUAUCUUUGAAAACAAUACUGCAAAGAGAUGUCUAUAAAUCCAUUCAGUUCCAGAAGGCCAUGUUUUUUUUUUUUACUGAACUACAACUCUGAUCAAGAAAUGAGUGUCUCUUUUUAAAUGCUGACAGAUUAAUAUACUUUGUUAGAAGCAAAUUAUGUGUCAUAUGCUAUUGGUUUCCUGUAUGGAAUAUAAGACCACCAAAAAAUGACACGCUAAAGAUAUGUGGAGAGUUUGAAAACAUUUGGUCAAGCUAUUUCUGAGAAACAUGCUUACAUGCAUGAUAAUACAAGUUUGUGUGUGCCAUAUAUUUGUCAGGCACCUAUCUUUUUUCUGUCUUCCUUCAUAACAAUGUGCUGUGUGCUACUUCUCCUGACAUUAUUUAUAUUUUACAAAAUGCUAUUAGCCAAUCUCAUUGUUUUGACAUGAAAUUUGUCAAAAAAAUCUUAUAAAUAUUAUUGAGGAAAUGGGUUUCUUGUAUAAGAUAUGAUUGUUUUUAUGGUUUGAGAAUGGACAUAUGUGUUGUGAAAGGAAUAUUAUGCUAAAGAAGAAUGAAGAGCAAAUGUAAAUUCAGUUAGUAAAACAAUAAACAUUUUUGAUCAAACAUAUUAUUAGUAUGCUGCUUUCUCCUUGAUUCAAGCCUCUUAAAUCUUUGAGAGGUAUGCAUAUUUUUGUUAACCUUUUCAAUUAAAUAAUUUUUGUUUGUUGUUACAAAAAUAUUUGCAUUUAACAAUGGACAUUAAGAAUUACAAUGUUAUCAUCUUUUAUAUGUACUUUUUUUUGCACGCGACUGAAGGAGGUCGAACUCCACAUCAUUUUAAAACUUUCUCAUCGAUUCGAGCCCUUUGUUUGGUAGGUCAAUAAGGUUAAUGUUUGCACAGUCUAUUUCCAUAACGCAAAUUUCUAUCAAGAUUGACUUCUUGUUCACUUGUUACAACAGUUGAAAUAUGCUCAGGAUGCUUUUAAUUUGAAACUUGGGCUCACAAUAUUACCCACUGUGUAAUUUCCUUUUGAAAUAAGCAAUUUUUUAUGCAGAAUAUUAAAACAGGUAUUUACUUAAUUUUUCAGUGGUUUCAUGUCUAAUAUUUUCCAAGGCAUUUUAAAAUGUAAAUGACACAACUUUCUGAUUGAAUAACAUGCUACAUGAGCAUGAAUUUUACUAAAACACAAGGGCCCGAAUCUAUGAGAAAGCUCGAAUCGACAAGAAACAGGCAUAUCCCAUUUGGUUGAAAGCCAGUUUUGGAGACGAUAGGUUUGUGCUGUGUCAUUCUGUCCAUCCUUCCAUUUCAUUCCAAGUUUGUCCAGUCAAAAACUUUGCCAUACUUAGAUGGAUUUUUGAAAUAAUGUUCUGCACAAGCAUACAGACAUAAUACAUGCAAGACUUUGACCCCUUGCUCAAUGGAUAUUGUCACAGUAAGAAAAUCUUAAGAUUGUAGGUCUUUAGGUUAUUUUAUGCAUGGAAAUCUUUUGCUAUAAAAAUUAUAAAUUGUCAUGUUUAUUGAAAAUAUUAUUAUGAAAAAACUUACAUCAUGGCAGAGAUUUGAUAAUGUUAACAAUGAUACUAAGUAGAAUUCAGUAGUAGUAUGAGUCCUGUAUCAUAUAUUUUGUAUACAUGUAUAUUUAUAUAUAUGCGUUUUAAAUUGGUUUGUAAAAAGAAUAUAUGUUUGUCAUAAAAUCCUAUAAAUGUGAUGGCAUUUUCCCAACUUAAUUUGAACUGAUUUUGAUUUAGUCUCAAGAUGUUAACACUUUAAAUUUACCCUAAAACAGCUAUUGAAAGUGUGUUUGUAUCAUUUAGCUUCCAAAGUAGGAAUAGUCUUAACUUAAUUUCCUAGGAUAUAAUGUCUUUAUGCCAAUAAACAUGUUUACAUAAGAAAAGAUGAAUGAUUUUGAAGUUCUCUGUUUCUGUUGGAAAACCUGUAAGUUUUAAGUAAUUGUCUAGACUUUUUAGAUAAAUAUUAAACUAUUAAGUUGGAGAUGAUUUUUAUGUUAAAAAAAGUUACAAAGAUGGACUGUAUGGACUAGACCAUAUUUGUCUGAAUCUGAAAUGUAGUACUGUAAAUGUACUAUUAUUAGCACUGGACUUCUUUUGGAAUUGGUAGCACAAUGCCGUGUUCUUGCUGAUUCUACUAUUUGUUCACACUUAAGGAUUUUCCAAGGUUGUUUGUUAAGUUCCUUAUUAAAGUUAAAAUACAUUAUAGGCAUUAUGUGUGUGUGUGUUUUUGUAUCUGGUAGCUCAUCAUUCCUUAUUUUCUUUAAUGUUUUGAUAUAUUAUUUUAACAAUUCAGAAAUUUGUUUUUAUGUUUAACUAUGGACUAUGCAAAAUCUGUUUUUAAUAAGUUUGAUGUGGGUUUUUUAAUUGAGCCCCACCAUGAGAAAACAAACAUAGUGCAUUUGUGACCAGCAUGGAUCCAGACCAGCCUGCACAUCCACGCAAUCUGGUCAGGAUCCAUGCUGUUCACUUUCAAAGCCUAUUGCAAUUCGAGAAACAGUUAGCGAACAGCAUUGAUCCUGACCAGACUGUGCGGAUCCAUGCAGGCUGGUCUGGAUCCAUGCUGGUCGCAGUUGCACUAUGUUGGUUUUCUCAUGGUGCGGCUCAAUUACACAUUGUAAUAAUUUAUCUAUAAAUAAACAAAAUAGUCUAUAUUAUUUAAGCUUGAAAUUCUUUUAUAAACGAAGUUCAUGUACUUGCAACACAGACUUCUGACUUUCUUAACACUUAGCCUGCUGGUGGCAAGUAAUUCUGCUUUUGCCACCAGUGCAGACCAAGAUCAGCCUGCAUGUCAUUGAGGCUGAUCAUUGUCUGCACUGUUCUCUGUUCAGUCUGUAAAUUUUCAGUGAACAUCCCUUAUAAUAGUAAAUGGUACUUCCAAAAUUGAAUAAUGGACCAGUCCAUUUUAGAAAUUUAGCAGGGGAAAGGUUAAAAUAUAAUCAGUUUUCUUGACAUUUUGAACAAGGUAUAGGAGCAGUCUAGUUAUCUUCUCUUGGUGGUCAGUCAUAAGUUGAACAAUUAUCAAAAGUCAGUAUAAUUAUAUUGUUAGGGAAUUUAAGGUAAAAGUUUGCUCAAGAAACUCUUAGUAUACUUUGUUUUCUAAAGUUGAAUUUUGAAGAGCUAGUAUUUAUCCUGCAAAAGCUUGAAAAUGUACAAAAACCUGAUUGAAAGGGGACAUCACCAUUGUAACACUGUUUCAGAUUUGCUCUAAUAAAUUUUAGAUUGCACAUUUUGACCAGAGAAUUUAACUUAUUAUAUAGAAAUGAAGUACAUUUACAGUGUCUGUAUUAUAUUUAAUUGUGGCAUUGUUAUAUAUGAAUUGAAUGCUGUCAACUGUUAGUGAGAUUGUUACUGAAAUAAAAUAUAAUGUUUGAAAUA